CGCCACCUGUUGAAGUUUUGGCGGGAAAAAAAUAUUUUAACAAAAAUCUCCGCUCAGGAAUCGAUUCCCCGUCGACAAAAUCAACGCCACUCGAUUCCAUUGCAUCAAUGGGGCUGAGCUCGCAAUCGAUCGGUUAUUCGAUUCCAUUGCUUCAAAAGGGCUGGCACGUGGAACCGAUUCAUUAUUCGAUUCCACGGCUUCAAUGGGGGGGGGGUUGCGCGUGGAAUCGAUUGGUGCAGACAUUUAGGAGAGGAAUCGAUUCCGCCGCGAGGCGUUUAAACGGGUAGCUUUAAGCGAGUUAAUGCGAUGAUAAAAUUUAUAAUUAUUACAUUCGUGAAGAGUUAACGUCGGAGGUUGAAGCGAACGAGUUGGCGUGUUUGGUUAUAGAAAGCGGCUUUGUCUGAUUGCAGGGCAAAGGGAUUUUAGGUUUUGAAAAACUUUAAAAGUGGCCCAAGAUUUCAUGAGAUCGUCUGUUACAGGCUACGCGGUGUGUGUAGGGAUGCCGUUGCAGCCGUUCUCCUUCCCCAGCCCCGAGACGCGACUCUUCAUCGUGAGCGGCGCCGUCAUCUGCAAGGUCAAGCUGCAGUAUGGCCUCGCCAGCAGAGACCACUGGGCCGCACUCAAAGCCAAACCGCACAUCCAGGACGAACUGGAGGUAGCGAUCAGAGUGGCUCUGGCAAACGAGGACGAUCUGAAGCCCUUCGUCACGGACAGUUUGAGCGUCUUCCCGUACAAGCACACGUGGGAAGCCGCGGGGACAAUGAAAUUCCGUGAGCGCGGCGUCGACCUCAAGUCCCACCCCUGCAUGUUCAUCAUCUACGUGGAGGCGCUGGAUGGUUCCCGAGUGCAUGAGAACGGAAUGGGCUCAGGAAAUCUCGCAUCCGCCGUCCCCGACGAUGUCAGUGAGACGGACUGUCUUGAAGAGGAGGAGUCUGAUGAUGAUGAUGAUGAGGAGGAUGAGGAGAUGCAACGUGAAUUCAAACGAAGGAGGAGUGAUGAACAUGAUGACGAAGAUGAUGAAGAUGACGAUGAUGGCAAUUGCAGAGCUUUAACGCAGGGGAGUGACUCAUCACGAGCCUCGGAACUCCACUCCACAGGGAGUGGGAGGAGGAGUGGACAGGAGACGUUGGCAUACGCAGAUGGCCAGGCCACUGCUGCUGCUGCAAUCUCCACCCAACGCAGUGACAGGGACGGAUGGCACGGACGCUCCGAAAUUGUCACGGAACCAGCCAAGGAUGGUGGUGAUGGUGGUGAUGGUCUUAGAGCCGUAAGCCAGCGAGGAAGAUGGGCCAGAGCCAUUUUUGGUGCCAGCUCCCAGCAGGAUCUGCUGCCCGAGAGAAAGAGUGACGAGCGACGACAAGCCAUCCACCUCGAGAAAGGGCGGAGAGGGCCAAGCAAGGGUGCCAGAUGCCAGCGGACAAGCGUUGUGCCGACUCGGCUCAUCCAGCAGGGGAAAGAGCCUGACCAGCCGCCCAUGAGCAAAAGUGUCAGCGGACCAGCGGCGAGCGCGUUCGAGCACCUUCAAGGAGAGGGCGCGUGCGGCGCAGCUACUACAGCAGUGGAAGGAGCCUGCUGCUGCCAGCGGACCAGCGGCAAGCGUGAUCGAGCAUCUUCAAGGACAAGCAUCUUGCUGACGCAGCUCAUCAUCCAGCGACUCCUCAAGCUGCCGCUGAAGCUGUUUGGAUACUGAGGGGGAGAUCAUCAUCGGUGGAGUCGAGGAAUCUACUGGAGCGUGCGUGAGUGCGUGUGUGUACGCGUGAGUGCGUGUGAGCAUGUGAGUGUGUCGGAGUGUGGGCGUGGGUGUGUACGCGUGAGUGCGUGUGAGUGUGUGAGUGCGUGUGAGCGUGUGAGUGCGUGUGAGCGUGCGGGAGUGUGGGCGUGCGGGUGCGUGGGUGUGUGAGCACCUGGACAUGCGUGAACAUGAGUGCGGCUGUGUACAUGCGGAUGGAUGCGUGCGUGGGGGCGGGCGUACGUACGUGUGUACGUGUGUGGUGUGUAUCUGUGUGGGGAGCGGUGGCGCGCCGGUUAGCGCUACGCUGCGCUACGAACCCGG